GUUCAUCAAAGGGUAGAAAAUCCACCCACUUUCUUUAUUGUCGCGCUCUUCCCAAGCUUGAUCUUAUCAUCAAUACCAUCACUUCAUCAAGUUUUGCACUUUUUGAUCUCGUCAAUCAAGCUUCUUAUUUGAGCAAAAAGCAACUGUCGCGCGUCACACAUACACACACACACAACAAAUCAUCAGGUCACAAAUCCUACGCGAUGGCGCCACGAGCCAAAGCAGCUGCUGCCACCAAGACCGCAGCGCCCAAGAAGGCCACCACAGCUGCCGCUGCUAAGAAGGAGACCAAGACUACAAAAGCUGCUGCCAAGAAGGCUGAGCCUGCUGCCACGAAUGGCCCCACGAAGAAGCGCAAGGCUCCCGAGGAAGAGUCUGAGCCAGAGCAGGAGGAAGAUCGCAAGAUAAAGAAGUCCAAGACCACAGAACGCGUCGUAAAGCCCGCUGUCAAGCCCGCCCCAAAGACCAAAGCCGCUGCUACAAAGGCCAAGACAACGACACGAGCAAAGACCGAAGAGGCGGAGGAGAAGCCUGCUGUUAAGAAACCCGGUCGUCCUGCUGGAACAAAGGCCGAGCCCAAGAAGAAGUCCGAGUUUCCUGCGAUCGGAAAGAAGCUCAACGACGCGCCCACUCAGAUCCUCGAUGUCUACGUCUUUGGCGAGGGUUCAUCCGGCGAGCUUGGUCUUGGAAGCAAGCGCGUCAACAACAAGAAGCCAAUCGACGUCAAGCGUCCCCGACUCAACGAUAACCUCUCCGCCGCCAACGUCGGCGUUGUCCAGAUUUCUUGCGGUGGCAUGCACGCUGUCGCGUUGACGCACGAUAACAAGAUCUUGACAUGGGGUGUCAACGAUCAAGGCGCGCUUGGUAGAGAUACAAACUGGGAUGGUGGUCUUCGCGACAUGGACAAGUCAGAAGACUCUGACUCGGAGGAUGAGGACGAUACUGGUAUUAACCCCAUGGAAAGCACACCGACAGCUGUUUCCGACGAGCAUUUUGCUCCUGGCACUAAGUUUGUCCAGGUUGUCGCGAGUGACAGCGCCAGUUUCGCCCUCACAGAAGAUGGUCGAGUCUACGGCUGGGGAACCUUCCGAUCCAGCGACGGCAUCCUCGGCUUCUCAGAGACCAUCAAGGUCCAGUCCACUCCCCUCAUGAUUCGCGAUCUCAAGAACAUCAAGGCCCUCGCUGCCGGUUCCAACCACAUUCUCGCUCUCGACCACAAGGGCAACGUCGUCGCUUGGGGCUGCGGUCAACAGAACCAGCUCGGCCGCCGUAUCAUCGAGCGCAACAAGAUGUCCUCCCUCAUUCCCCAGGGUGUUGGUCUGCCUCGCGGCAAGAUUGCCAAGAUUGCUUGCGGUUCUUAUCACAGCUUUGCCAUUGACAAGAGCGGUCAGGUUUAUGGCUGGGGUCUUAACAACUUUGGCGAGAUUGGUGUUGAGUCGAAUGCUGGCGAGGAUGAUGCUGUUAUCCUUCGACCUGCUAAACUUACAUACCUCGAUGAUUACAACAUUACUGAGAUUGAUGGUGGCGAGCACCAUUCCCUUGCUUGCUCCGACAAGGGUGAUCUCUUGACCUGGGGUCGUGUCGAUGGUUACCAAGUCGGCUUCGAGUUCGACAAGUUGUCUGAGGACAACACCAUCUACGACGAGCGAGGCAACGCUCGUAUUCUCUUCAAGCCUACUAUCCAGCCUGACGCCAAGGACAUCGUCGCCGUCGCCGCCGGCACCGACAACAACUUCGCCAUCGCCUCCGACGGCAAGGUCUACUCAUGGGGCUUCUCCAGCAACUACCAAACCGGCCAAGGCACAAUCGACGACAUUCACACUCCCACUCUGAUCGACAAUACCGCCAUCCGUGGCAAGAAGAUCAUCGGUGCAGGCGCAGGCGGUCAAUACUCUGUGCUCUUCGGCAUCGCUGAUGAUGCUCCCACAAACGGCGUCAAGACCAACGGCGCUUAGACCUUGACACGAGGAAUGAAUUGACGGAGGAAUCUGGGAUUUUCCAUAUCAGCCCUAUUCUUAAUUACGCUGCUGAGGGCAGCUUUCCAAUAUUUGUACUUUAACGUCGGCGGAUGCAUGAUGAAUCGGAUGGGCGGAUUCUGAGUGCGGUUUAAAAAAACAACGUUUUUCAUGAUCAAGGAGGAUGCAUUCUAUUUUGAUGCCUUUGCAUGUUGGUUUGUGGUAUAUAGAUGGUCACGAUGUCUUUGCAUAUCUGAAAGUUGCUUUUUUAAG